CUGGCAUUAGGCGCGCUUCUCUCGCGUCAGCUGGGUUGUUGCUUCGAGCUUGUAGACGGCCAAUGUUUGUGAGAACAAAGUUUACGCAGCAGUCGUACUCGCUGUCUUACCCACCUGUGGUGCCACGUCAUGUCUCACACCGCCUCAGAGGCGACCUUCCUCUCUUUACCUAUCGAGCUCCGCCUAGAGAUUGUCGCACACGCGCUGGAACAAUCUGACGCGGGGCUCACGAAAGUCCACGAGUCCAAUGAGGGAAGAACUUGUUCUAUGAUAGAUGAGAGGUACAAGCCUAAUACCAACCUUGCGAUACGGCUGGUUUGCCGCCAGUUCAACGCUGAGUUCCGUCGCCUUGCCAUCCAGAAUACCCUCUUUGUGCUCUCCAGGAACUCCACACGAGUUGCCGGUCAGCAAUCCGAAGAGCUUCUACAAGAUGUAAAGAAGUUAAGAAUUCACUGCGACCAUGAUGCCAUCAGAAAAUGGUACGAGUACCCGUUUAACAGACGAUGUAUGCAUCUCGAUGAGCUACAGUUUGUAAUGCCACUCGACGACUCUGCCAACCGGACAGCCCUCGUGGGUCUGUUCAGACGUUUGCGCAACGUCAAACAAGUUAAGCUCCUCUUCCCGAAUCAUCGUCUUGCAAAAGAACCCUAUGGAUACAUCAGAUUACUCGGCGAGCUGCUCAAAGAAGACCAUUUCCAGAGAUACGAUGCCCCGAACGCCCCCAAUUUCGAGUCUACAUGUUGGGAGUGGAGCUUUGACAAAGAGUCUAGUUGGGCUGUCUUCAUGGCUCGGAAACCAAUGGAACUUAUGCCGGAAGAGCAUUACUUGCUGCUCAUGAAGCCGAAGAUCGACUACAUCAUGGAUUACAUGGCAUCAUAGCACCAACAUUGUAGUUGUCACUGCGCAACACAGCACGUUCGCGUCGUUAUGUUAUCACGAAAUUUACGACGACGACCAGCAUAUCGUUGCCAUACAACAAGACGUCGACUUCCACAGCCUUGGACUAAGAGCCAGGCCUCAUAUGGAUCGGUCAGCUCAACCCGCGUGGGCAAGUUCGGUGGCAGGGUAGCUCCAUAUUCCAGCGACAAUGGGGGCCUCAGGGAAAGCGCAUGAAUCCAUAGAGUAUGCUACCAAAUCAACGGAUUUCAACAAUGAUUGACGAGUCAAAGAUUGCGUGGGUGUCAUCACUAUGCCCAGGGCUUUGACGCGUCUUCACGUGGUCUCCAACACAGCUGCAUCCUCGAGUGCUGCGUAAGACUAGAACAUCAUCAUCAUGGCUUAGCGGCAUGGUAGAGUCUGGUA